AUGGCACUUCGUCACUUCCUCUCGUCUCUCGCUCUGGCAGCGAGCUUGGCCGUUAUCCAGGCUCAGCAGACCACCAAAUACACAGAUGAGGCCACAGGCAUCACCUUCCAACAGAAGAGCGUUGCCAACUACUCGUUUGGUAUUGCGCUGGCUGAGAACCCAACCACAGACUUCGUCGGUCAGCUUUCUGCAAACACUUUGACAGGAUGGGCGGGCGUUUCUUUCACAGGAUCUAUGUUAAACGCCUUGCUUCUCGUGGCUUGGCCUAACAACGGAGAGAUCGUUUCUUCUUUGCGGUCAGCAACCAAUUAUGCCCUUCCCAAGAUCGUCGAUGGCCCAACCCUCCAGACCAUCGCUUCCAGCACCAAUGAGACCGGUUUUAGCUACACCUUCUUGUGCAAGAAUUGUAUCACCACAGACACCACCGUGAAGUCACUCAAUGCCUCAGCCGAGACCGGUAUCUUCGGAUGGGCUAUCGCCACCACGACCGGCCCUGCUACCCCCUCCAGCCCCAGCUCAUCUAUUGAGCAGCACGACACUUUCGGGCUCUAUGGUGUUGACCUCGCCAACGCAAAGUCUGCUGACUUUGCUUCGUGGGCUGCUCUAGCUGGCAACACUACAACGCCUUCCACCCCCAUCAAUGGAACACUUCCCACCAACGGAACAACCCCCUACAAUGGAACCGUAUCAACGUAUAACACCACAUAUGAUUUCAUUGUGGUGGGUGGAGGUGAGUACAACGUAUCCCAGGGCGACUCGCAACGUGCUUCCGGUAUCGUUACUGCUCAGCGUCUCACCGAGACUGGCAAGUCUGUGCUCCUGCUUGAGCGUGGUGGCCCAUCAUUCUACUCGACUGGUGGUAGCCUCACCGUCCCGUGGAACGACACUGUAACUGUGUACGAGGUUCCCGGAGUUUUCCUUCAACUAUCCGCCUACCCAGGAAAUAAGGGCUACUGCUCUGACACUGCCGGUAUGGCUGGCUGCAUCCUUGGAGGUGGUACCACUGUAAACGGCAUGGCCUUCAUCAAGCCCCCAAGCUUCGACUUUGAGAAUUGGCCUGCUGGUUGGCAGUGGGAAGACGGCAUCUCGGAGGCUGCUGACCGUCUCUACGAGCGCAACCCUGGAACCAUACAGCCUUCCUCCGAUGGGAAGUACCAUGACAACGCUGUCUAUGAUGUCCUCUCCAAGUUCUUCGCUGGUGCCGGCUGGAAGUCAGUGUCCACCAGCGAGGAGCCCGAUGAGAAAUACCAGAUCUACUCCUACCCGGCAAUGAACAUCGCCGAUGGCCGCCGCUCUGGUCCCGUCAACCAGUACCUUCCCCUUGCCGAGGCUGAGGACAACUUCACACUCAAACUCCACACCAAGGUGCUCCGUGCCAUCCGUACGAACUCCACUGUCACGGGUGUUGAGACUGAAGACGACACUGGUGCUCGCACCAUCUUCAACGUUAACCCCAACGGCAAAGUCAUCCUCGCCGCUGGUUCCAUGUCGUCGCCACGCAUUCUCUUCAAUUCUGGUAUCGGUCCCGCUGACCAGAUCGAGGUUGCUUCCAAGCAGACUACCUCCAUCACCCUCCCUCCCAAAGAGGCCUGGAUCAACUCCCCCGUCGGGUUGGUCCGUGACCAUUCAAUUAUCGGUCUCAAGUUCAACGUCACCGCUGGCAUGAACAUCCUGCCUCAAACCGCUUUCGGUGACCCUAGUCAGACUGAUAUCGACCUCUUCGCCAAGGCAGCUGGGCCCCUUGUUGGUAACCCCCAAAUGCGCCUCAACACCUUCACAACCGUCACUACCAGCAGCGGCAAGAAGAUGGUCGUUCAGACCCACUGCUACUCCACGGUGAACAACACUAUUGACAUAAUGUUCCUCCUCACGCACGGUACUACUUCCACCGGACGUCUCACUAUGACCACCGAGGGCAACACCGAGUUUAGCAAAAGCCCGUACCUCCAGACGUCCGACGAUAAGCAAGCUAUCGCCAUUGCUAUCGACGAGGUGCUCGCCAUCUCGCGCCUCGCCAACAGUACGCUCUCCUACGCAGGCCCCGUAAAUGACACCGGUGCUGCCAUUGUCGCACGCACCACGCCCAACCCCGGAACACACAUGACGGGCACCACCAUCAUCGGCACGGACGAUGGCUCCAAGAACGGCAGUGCAGUCGUCGACACAAACUGCAAGGUGUACGGCACGGACAACCUCUUUGUUGUCGACGCUGGCAUGCACGCAGACUUACCGUCAGGAAACACACACGUCAUUGUAAUGGUAGCUGCUGAGCACGCUGUCAAGAAGAUCAUUGCACUCGAUGGCGGCGAGGGUGCUUCUAACGGCACUGUUCCCGCUGAGCCUACUGCGAGCAGCUCUACUGUUCUUGCGCCGGCACCAACCAUUGGGUCUGGCAGCGGCUACGACACCGGCUCGUCUCCCGUCGAGAGUGUUGUGUCGUCUGUUCUGGCCAUCGUGAGCCCCAGCGCUGUCGUCGAGGCCUCGUCGUCGCCUGCCGUUCAGACGCCUUCGCCCAGCGCGGCCCCCCGCAAACCCGGGCAGCAGUUAUGA